UCCGUUCUCAUCGUAGGGGUUGUGAUCAUUUGUUAUCGGUGAACCGCGACAGUACACACGUCUCUUACCUUUCGAACAGGGUGGUCGCACCUUCUACAACAUCAGUAGUACCCUCAAAUCAGUUCUCCGAAACUCUGACUAGACAAUAGCUUGUGGAAAACAUGGUGCGUCGGAUAGCUGCUGAUAAUUUGAUCACGUGAUUUGUGACGUCAUCACAACCAUGCUGGACAUUAAGACAUCAGCUGACUACCUGACAAGGACGGGAACGUUCACGAAUUUUUCUAUGCUAUUUGCUGAUACCUCUUACAAAGGAUCAUGGAGCGCUCACACACCUGGACAAACACAAGGCUACAGCAAUACACUCACAGGAAUGACAAAAUCGUCUUUGGAUCCACACAGUCAUCUACGGCAACCAGAUCCCUAUCAGAUGUUUGGAGCCACAAGUAGUAGAUUAGCAAGUUCAGGUUCAGGACAAAUCCAGUUGUGGCAAUUUUUGCUAGAGUUGCUGUCGGACUCGAGCAACGCGAAUUGCAUCACGUGGGAGGGCACCAACGGAGAGUUCAAGCUCACCGACCCGGAUGAGGUGGCCAGGAGGUGGGGAGAACGCAAGUCCAAGCCCAACAUGAACUACGACAAACUCAGCAGAGCUUUGAGGUAUUACUACGACAAGAACAUAAUGACGAAGGUGCACGGCAAGCGGUACGCUUACAAGUUCGACUUCCAGGGUCUGGCAGCCGCCACGCAGCCGGCCACCACCGACCCCACCGCCUACAAGUACCAGUCAGAUUUCUUCAUGUCCAGCUACCAUCAUCCCACAAAGCUCAACUUCAUGAGUCCGCAUGCUGGCAUACCAUCCUCAUCAGCCAGUAUCUUCCCAUCACCGACCUCCUACUGGACAAACCCAAGCGCCAACCUCUACUCGAACAUAGCCGCCUCGACUCACUCGAUGUCGCAUCAUCCGGGUCACGUGACGUCACACCUCGGCUCCUACCCGCACUACGCAUGACCGGCUGCAGCCCCGCGCCGCCUCGCCAUACCCUAGACUACCAGGAGUCAUCCACAUACCAGGAGCUGCUAGGAGGUAUCCAAAUAACAAGGGUAACAGGAAAUACCAGGAGGUUCGAAAUACAGAGGAACAGGGAAUACCAGGGCUGAUAGGAGGUAUCCAAAAUACAUGGGUAAUAGGAAAUACCAGGAGCUGACAGGAUUUAUUCAAAUAACAGGGAUAACAGAAAAUACCAGGAGCUGCUAGGAGGUUUUCAAAUAACAAGGGUAACAGGAAAAUUGAGAUCUGGCAGAUGGUAUCCAAGUAACAGGGGCAACAGGGAAUACCAGGUGAAGAUAACAGGAGUUAUCCAAAUAACAUAAGUCACUGAAAGUUAUUCAAUUACUUUGAGAUAUUGGAUUUCAUAUUCAAUAGCAAGGUAUUGGCUUCAAUAUCCAAUAUCCAAUGGCUAGGUAUUGGAUUUCAUAUCCAAUAGCUAGGUAUUGGGUAUUAUGAAGAUAUUGGUAUUUGAUAGGAGGUAUUGGAUUGGAUAUCAGAUAAUCACUACAAUGUAUUUGAAUGACAAGAGAGCCAAUCAGAUACCAGAAGCUGCUAGGAGGUAUCCAAAUAGUAGCUCCUGUUGCCUGUUUUUUAUAAAUACCAGAAGCUGCCGAGAAGUAUCUAAAUAACAGAAGUCACUGGACGUUAUUCAAACAUCUGGUACUUAUUGACUAUUAUACUCUUCUAAAAUUUAAUCUUUUAAAAAGAGAGCUGGGAGAAGAUAUGAGGCUAUUUGUAAACUGAGAGUUCAACUCAAACCAAAUAGCUCGAUAACCAAAGUUACCAACUAUAUCAGGGGCUACAAGGAAUAAGAAACCAGGAACUUCUAGAAGGAAUUUCUACUUCUUGUGAUUUGAAUACACAAAGUUAACGCAGAACAUUUGAAUGACUGAAGCCAUCAGAUUUCUAUAUCACUUGCUACCUGAGCAUACUGAAACUGGUAGAAAUUUGAAUAACAGGAGCUGAGCUGACUCAAUAUACACGCACCCUACCUGUUCCUAGUUCUUCAUGGAUACCAGGAGUUUUUUGGAUACCAGGCUUCUAGAAACAAUAAAAAGUAAUGCGGUGCGGAUGAUCGGAACAUUAUUGACAAAUUUGAGAGCAACAAUUAUUUUCGACAGCGAGAUUGAGUCACUACUUACUAUGUUUUUGAACAUACUAGUUUGUUGAACUUUAUGAUCGAAAGUAUUUUCAGCCCUUCAAAAUUUUGUGUUGAAGGUUAUUACUUGAAGACAAUAUCACUUACAUUUUGUGAAGGGAUUAAUUUCAAUGGUGAUUUAUAAGAUGAUGUUGAACCAAGUUCAGCGUUAUUAUUGCUAUUUAAGUAACAUAAAGGACAUGUGUGAUCUAGUCUUUGUUUUUCAAGUUGAUAUUCCACUUUUUUUUUCAAAUAACUCUACAUAAUUCCGAUUCCAAUCAACACUCCUCAUUAAUGAUCAUUGCAGUUUCUGUUUUACCAAAAAAAUUUUAUUCUGUUAUUUGUGGUUUCCAAAUAGUCUUUCAACAAACUAUUUGUCAUUCCCUUUCUAAUUAUUAUCCCUCACAUUCCAUAGUGAUCUCUAUCGUGUUGAAUAUCUGUAUUAAAUACCAGAUGCUGCUUUUUAUCACACUCAAUCAAGGAUGAAUCCCAUCGGAUGAGUUUUGAAACACUAAGCUUUUAUUUGAGUAUUGUUGCAUUAAUUUUUAUUGAACAGAGAGGAUAUUAAUUCUAGUUGUUCCUGUUAAUAUUUUGAUCUCAUUCAGACCGACCUCCAUAUUCUUAUAUUUUGAUAUAUAUUUAUAUCUUAUAUUUUGAAUAUUAUUUGAUUAUAACUAUUUUGAUAUUUCUUAUUCAUGUUUUAUCUGUGAUUUUUAUCUAGUCAAUACAAUUAAUAUUUUUUGUAAUGAAGCUUAGAUACAAUUUUCUCCUGAUUCUAGUCUGCUUCCAAAUCCUAUCCAUUGUACAAAUAUUGCGACUUUUGUUUCAUUUUAUUGUACCUUGUGUUCAAUUGUAUGUAUAUAAUUUCCAUUACAGUCAUCCAUCAUCAUAAUUUUCUUGUCAAGUUAAUGGUUACGAACGUAAGAUGUAAUAGUAUUAUCUGUUGGAGGAUAUAUCAUUGUAAGUUGUAAAUAUUGGAAAGUGUAUUUUUAUCGACCUGUGACAUUUUAGACUUACCGAAUAAUAAUAAUAAUGUACAGUGCAAUAAUAAUAUAAGCAUUUAUUACAACAGUGAGUAGUAAACAGAAGUUCAUUGUAACAGUGAGCUUACCAUAUUAAUGCCGUCGACCUGGGAGUUGAUGAGAGAUAUAUGAUAAGGUGAAUCACAAAUUUAUAAAUAUAGGGCUAGUGUGUGAUAAAACACAAUAAUUAAUCAUUGUGAAUAGUGCGGCAAGAAUACUGUGCGUUCGUAAUUUUAAUUUUAAUUUCGAGGUUGAGUGGUAGAGAGGACUUAAAAGUCCUAACUCCGCUUGAUAAAGUAUUUUUCAAUUCAUUUUUUCCAUUUCUUUUUUUCUAUGCAAAACCAUGAAAUAGAAAAGGUGAGAAAGGUUUUACCAUACUACAUAUACUCCAAUCAAGGUCUAUAUCUCAGUUGAAUUCUCCGGAAAGUAGGAUCAAGUGAUCAUUCUUCCAAUGAUAAGAUUCAAUUAUUCAAAAUGAUGGAUGACAUGAGAUAGGUCUACAUAGAUUCUUGUAAGUUAAUUUCCAUUCAUAAACAGAGAUUUAUGUUGCUUAUCAAUUUUAUCAAUUUGAAUAAUUUAUUAUAAUGAUCAACAGGCCUAGUUCUUUCUCAACCAUCAAGCAAUGAGUUAAAUUAUUUCAACCUCAUUGAUAAUGAAGUUGAUUCUAUUCUAUUCCAAUUAUUUCAGUAUCUGAUACUUAUUUCUGAGUAUAUGUCAACAAUAUUGUUACACAUUAUCAAGCGUUAGACCGUGAUUCCGUUGAUGUAAUCAUUGUAAUCAUUUUAUGACUGUAUCAAAUCAAUCUACUGAUACAGAUACUACUAAAUUGGGAAUUGCAUUUGUUCAAAUGCUAAUUACUGAAUAAUAUUAUCAAUAAUUGGGAUUUUAAUAAUAAUUUACUGUUACAAUUCCAGUAAACAAACAUUCCCUUGCCGUACUAUUCGUGUAUGUUGUAUUUGUAAAAUAAAUUUAAUCUCCAAUGUAAAUAUAGGAUACAGUGUACGAAUAUUAGUCCUAUUGUAGUAGAUGUAUUAUCGAUAAAAUGCGUUGAAUUGAACACCUUUGAGUAACAGGGUAUUUUGAUCGGUGUUGUCAAGUAUCUAAUAUUCCCAAUACGUUUUUGCUCACAUAUAAUUUCCGAUAUUAUUGAAUGGCUCAUAAUGACGAUGAUCACAAUGGAUCAUCUAUUGAGAAAAAAUUCAAAUGCUUUAAGAAUUAGGAUUCUAAAUAAGAAGAUAAAUAAAUGCAAAAUGCGAAUGUCAAAUUUCAAUUUUAUUGAAAGUGAAUAAAAUACCUAUUGAAUAGUGUUUACGCUAACAGGAAUAAUAUUGAAGUUUCUUAAUUUUUCUCAUUUAUGCUGACAAUGGCAUUUCAAAUUGAAUCAAUACAUUGAUAUAUUCCAUACAAAAGAACGUUAGAAUCGCCAAUAUUGUUCAUAAUCAUUGGAUAAUAUGUUUCACUCGUUCACACCAAAUUUGAGUUAUCAUUAGCAUCAUCUUCUGCCAGGAGAAUGUAUUGUUAUCUAAAGAGUUUUUGUUUUUUCAAUAAGACAUUUUUGUACUGUUAAUAUUGACUUGUAUAGAAUAAAAUGUGGCUGCCUUUUUAAAACAAAAUAAUGUAGCUGAAAAUUUUAAAUUUUCAACUGUUUUUGUUUUCUGAUUUCUAUCUAGGUGUUGAAGGUUACUCUACAAUGAAUAUAGUACUUUAUUAACAGAAACAUAAACUAUUGUAUUGAAUGGUGAACAUCUGAAUUUUCAAGUACUAUAUGGAUUCAAAACCUUGAACUUUAUUUGAUGACAAAUGUUGUACAAGAAACCCAUGAAUUGUGCAUUUACUGAACAUUCGAAUCUCUUUUCUACUAUCGCAACCAAAAAGGUAGACCACAAUGUUAUUAUUUUCUCCAGUUUGUAAACAAGUAUUGUAUAAAUGUUGAAUUAGAAGUACGCAGUUGAAUAUAAACGAAAUAUAAAACCUU